AUGCUUGGUGAAGGGAACAGCAGCAUCACAAGCAGAACGCUCUCUUUGCGGUUGAGAAAGAAGCACUUCCGGGUCGGACGGCCCCCCUGCCGCAAGCGCGGAAUCGCGCUCUUGCUGCCUCGCUGCCGCGGGGCGAUCAACCGGCCCCUUAAAGAUCCGGCAAGCGGCACCCCUCGGUGGAGCUAUGAGUGCUUGACACCUGUCCAGAGGAGCCACUGUGAGAACCAGCUGAAGCGCAGGCCGGGACGCAGCGAGGGACGGAGCCAGCAGUCGGCAGGCCGUGUUCGCCGUGAGGAGCCACCAGUUGGGCUCUGUGAGAUCCACUUUCUGCCCUUGGUGGUUGUGGCCCAGGACCCUAAAUACCCGCAAAAGCUCCGCUGCGUGGACCUCCGUGGAUUCAACCCGUGCCCUCAUCCUCUGCCCCUCAUCAGCUCCAGUUCCACAGCUGCCUAUUGCGAGCUCAACAAGAACACCCGCCGGUGCCACCGCCAACAGCUUCCAACGUACAAGUCGUGCCGCAUGUAUCAGACAUGUGAUCAUGCAGUGUUGAUAACAGGUGGUUGGCAGGAGCAGGUCACCUACCCACAUCAUGCCCACAACCUGUUGCUCUUCUACCAGAUGCUUCGACGGAACGGCUUCCACCAAGAGCACAUUAAGGCCUUCUUUGCAAGUGAGGGACAGGCUUCAGCGGCCAUGGAGAUGGGCGAUGUGCACCCAGCCACAGAGAAGCUGGCGAUUCGCUCGCACCUAGCCUUGGUCUGCCGGAGUGUGCACUGUGCCGAUUCGCUGGUGCUCUUCCUCAACAGCCCAGCAGCCAGUGAUGGCACCAUACUGCUGUGGGAUGCCAACUGCAAUUGCAUUGCUGAUCCUAAGGAGCGGUAUCCCAUCUCUGAGCUCUUAGCUGACUUGGAAAGCUGCAACGCACACAGGGUCUUCUUCUUUCUUGACCAGAGCUAUCCAGAACCAUUGGCAAAGAAGCUGUGGGCAUCACGGCGCCAUCCCAAUGUGGUGCUAGUGCGUGGCCUCACCACCAGUGGCGGGUCAGCUUUUGCUGAGUUCUGGGGAGGGCUACAGCCUGACCAGUGUCUUCUCCAGCAUAUCUUGCCCGUAAGUACCACAAAGUGCAGAGGCCUGCAGAACAGAGGUUAUGACUGA